GGAUUUAUCGCAUGAUAUUGAUUGGAGAGUUUGAGCUUCCGAGGGGUUUCACGUCAUGGGAUACUGUCUUGCGGUGUUAUAAGGUCAUGAACACAAUUCGGGUUAUAGUCAACAAUAUGGCCACUUUAUACCAGUCUGCAAUAACAAUGAACAUUAAACAAACGAAAUCAGAGAAGAUAAAGUUGACCAAGCCGACGUUCCAUAGCCCGAUGAAUGUGCCGAUUUGA